UGGUACUCUCAGAUCGAGAUCUCGGAAGAAACGCGAUUCAGUCUGUGAAUUCUUCCAUGUAAAGAUGUCGCGGCGUUUUAUUUUGGCUGUGUUUACACUAUUAGCCAGUGUUUUGGACUUUGGAGAAGCGGCGAGAAUAUUGGCUGUGUUUCCAGCGGUCUCUGUAAGUCAUCAAGUUGUAUUCCGAAAGCUGACAUUGGCACUGAACAAACGAGGGCAUGAACUUUUCGUUGUUACGCCAAGUCCGGUCAACGAUCCAAGUCUGAAAAACUACACGGAAAUUGACACCAGUAUUCAGUACAAUGAGAAGGAUGCUUUGCCAAAUUUGAUAGAACUGCGGGGAAAGGUCGACUGGUUUGGGUUCUUUGAGGUAUUUGAACCGAUGGUAACCGAACAAGUAGCUCAGAUAUUCGAGCAUCCGGAUCUCAAGAAAUUGUACGAUCCUAACAGCGGUGAGAAGUUCGAUUUAAUAUUGAUGCAAAUGUUUACCUACCCCGGUCUCAUGGCAUUAGCUGAACGAUUUAAGGCCCCGAUGAUUGGUAUCGUCAGUGCGAGUCCUCAAACAAGCGUGCAGUAUGCGAUCGGCAAUCCAAUAUUGCAUUCUGAUCCAUCGAAUUGGCAGUUGGACAUGAAGAUUCCCGGACCACCGUCAUGGAUACCGUGGAAAAGAUUGGACAACUUUAUUCAAACUUGGAGAUUCAUUUACUACCACAGGACUGUGUUUUUGCCAAAACAUCAGAAAAUCGCGGAGAAAUAUCUGGGAAAUGAUAUUCCGGACCUCCACGACUUGGAGAAGAAUAUUAGCUUGAUAUUCGUCAAUCAACAAGGGCCGAUUUCGUUUGCCAGACCGAACGUACCCAAGGUUAUUGAAAUCGGUGGCUUUCAUGUCACAGAUAACAUAAAACCAUUGCCAAAGGAUCUUAAGAAGGUCUUGGACGAAGCUACCCAGGGUUUCAUUUACAUGAGUCUCGGAUCAAACGUCAAGAGCAACAUGUUGUCGGAGAAAGCACGAAACGCUUUUAUAACCGCGUUUUCGAAGCUUCCUUACAAGGUGAUAUGGAAGUUUGAGGACGACCAGCUCGAAGGCAAACCGGACAACGUGAUUAUCCUCAAGUGGGCGCCACAACAGUCAAUUCUGGCUCAUCCCAACAUCAAGCUCUUCAUCUACCAAGGCGGACUCCAGAGUACGGAAGAAGCCGUUUCACAUGCUGUUCCUUUGAUCGGAUUCCCAGUUAUGAGUGACCAGGACAUGAAUCUUAGAAAAAUGGUGUCUGUCGGUGUGGCCAAGAAGCUGGAAAUCACGAAAAUCAAUGAGGAUGAUUUUCUGGAGGCGAUACGUACCGUAGCAGGCGAUGAUGGAUACAAGCAGAGGAUGUUGAAUUUGCGUUCCCUACUCAAGGACAAGCCUCACGAUAUUCUUGAGAACGCGAUUUGGUGGACGGAACACGUGAUAAGACACAAAGGUGCUCCACACCUACACUCCACAACCGCUGACGAACCGUGGUACCAACGUCAGGACAUGGACAUAAUCGCGUUUCUUACCAGCCUGUUUGUCAUUUCAUUAAUCUUGUCACUGCUCGUUUUUUACAAGUGUAUAAUUUAUAGUAUCAGAUUAUUCAGUCACCCGACAGUUAAGAAGAGUAAGAAGCGGAAUUAAAUUAAUGCAGGCCACAGUUUGCAUGGUUCAUUUUCAUUUGCUGACGCAAGUUAGCAGUCUGAUAUGUAUUUCGGUGUAGCAGGAAUAUGAAAUAGUAAUUCAACUUUUAACUCCA